CGUGAGCGCACGGUACUCAUCGUACACAGUACUCCCAAGUCCUUUUCUCUUGUCAUGUUUUGACCGCACGCGCCAUGUCGAUUGUCCAGGAGAAUGCGCAUGGUCUCAAUAUCCAGCUAGACCGUCUCCAACAACAAAUAAUUCUUCCCGAACGGUUCGAUGCGGUCGAGGCUCCCAGUCACCAUGUCCACCGGCUCCAGAAUGUGAUCGAUUCUAUUUCCGUGACAUCCAAGACACAGUCACUCGUUCCAGCCAACCAAUUAGUGCAACUGCUUUCGGAUCCUACCCUCUCCCACCUUCUGCUUCCCGGGGUCACCGAGCCUAAACCCGAGAAGCAUGUGUCGGACUAUCUAUGGCUAGUAGUUGCUAAAGCAGCGGUCCAGGCGUCGGGAUUGGUCAUGCAUACCUUGCUAGACCAAACGAUUCACCUCCAGGAAGAGAUUUACUAUUGGGAUGAGGUGCUAGGCUCGAUGUGGUCCAGUGGUCUCUAUGCGGCGCAGACCUCCCCUGUUCGACUUUGGCACUGGUCUGUAGACAUUUAUACCGAACAUAGAUCUCACGGGGCUUUCCCUGCUUCCGUCUCGAGAUCUCUUGCUGUAAGGUGGGGUCAAUUCUAUCAAGUUGCUCGGCAGAGCUUGCGUGGGAUGUCUGAGCACCCCAGCGCAUUGAAUUGGUCUUCACCUAUUCGGUCUUGCCGAGUGGAGAUUAGACAGAAAAGAGAUCGUCUGAUCGCAAUGAAGGAUGCUCAUACGAGUAGCCUGGGCCUUCUCAUGGAUCAGUGGCAUGCUUUUCAAUCCGAGGACCUUGCCAGCAAGGGACUUGCCUCACCGGAGCAGUGGCAGGAAACUGUCUCCAAAACGGUGCAUCUUACCGAGGCAAUUCUCGACCAUGUGUUGAAGCAGUCUAGCACUGCAGCGUUUGAGCAAUAUGUUGUUCAAGCCGUUGAAAAGGACAUGGCUACUGUGCAAACGCGAAACUAUGCAUCAUCGUCCACCCAGCCUACUGAUCUGAUCCAGCGUCUAAUCCAUGUUCUCCGCGAACAGUUGCCUACCCAUACAACCUCUAUCUCUACAUCGAUUGGAAACCACGGACGCCCCUCAAGGAUUGUCCGGUAUUGGCUACCGUUGUCAGUGGCACUGCUUUCGAGUAGCAUCUCAUUGAAGGUGCUGAUCCGUCGUCAGGACGAGAUCAUCGAGUGGAUCAGAAACAUCGGCUCCACUAUCAUCGAUUUCGGGAGCAACUGGGUGGUACAGCCUGUCCACAAGCUCAUUGGAACCAUUAGACACGAUGAGAAAAGUGAAAUUGCCAUAAUGAGUAAAAACAGUCUGAUGGCCGAUCGCGCCAGCUUGGAGCGGAUGGUCAUUGAUUUUGUUCGUGAUCGACCAGACACGAGCCAGGGGAAGCCAGCCACAGAGGACACGGCAGCCAUCACUAAUGCAGUUAGAGAAGGGGACCUGACGCCUGUCUUGAAGGCCUACGAAAGGGAUUUGCGGUCACCAUUUGCUGGAACCGUUCGAGGCGACUUGGUUCGAGCUCUUUUGAUUCAGAUUCAGAAGACGAAGGUCGACGUGGAAGUCGCAAUCAGUGGAAUCAAUUCCUUGCUGAAGAGUCAAGAGCUUGUUUUUGGCUUUAUUGGCCUCACGCCGGGGAUUUUAGUCUCGUACACUUCUCUGCAGUGGGUGGCAGGGCUCUUUAGUAACCGACGAGGCUUACGACAGGGCAAGAAGCGUUAUCAGGUCAAGCGUGGACUACGAAACAUCACACGAAUCCUCACCUCCGCUUCCUUGACCACCAACGAGGUGAUUUCCUACAAGGACUCGGGACGACUGAUCUGUGAAGCCGAGGCAUUACUUCAGCAUGUCAAAAUAGUGCUCGGGGGCUUGGAGUAUCGGGAAUUUCGAGAAGACAUUGAAGAUCUUUUGGACAUCCAGGGGGAGUCACUAAGCAGCUCC